UCAUGCAUAUAACGCAUGUAGCAUGCCUCAUGGUGACAUCGUAUAAUUAAAAAAUAAUUACAUGUAUUUUUUAUUUUUUACUCAGGAAAGCGAGACAGGGAACUCUCUCUCUACCCCAGCCACUGCACUCUCGAGAGCAUCGGUCAAGUGCAUGACAUUUUAGCAUGAUCUAAGCUUUGAAACUUAAGAAAUCGGAAGCACAAAGCUUCCCGGAAAAACCAAACACAAGCCAGGAACGACAUGUCCAUUGCCCAGAAACUCACACCAAACACUAGAUUCUCAUCUCUAUCUCUCGACAAAUUCAUCAAAUCCCAGAAACACCUCUCCAAGCCCACACCGAGACUCUGGCUUCACGAUGUCAAGCGACAAAAUUUAAUCACAAACGACGAAAAAGUUGAAGUUUUGACGUUAGCCCAUCCGAUUCUACGCAAAUUGGAGUCGAGUAAUAGCAUCAGAGAAUUCAACCAAGUCCAUGCUCAGCUAGUUGUCACUCGCCUCUGUCAACACUCUCUUGCCACAAGCCAAGCCGUGAAGAAGCUCUGUUCUUUACGUGAAGUUGCUCAUGCGGCUAUGUUCUUCAAGUGUACCCAAGAGCCCGAUGCUUUUCUGUGCAAUAUUAUUAUUAGAACUUAUGUCAAUAUGAAUGAUGCGUGUAGUGCUGUGAGAUUCUAUUAUGACGAGAUGGUGCGGAAUGAUAUUGCGCCAAAUCACUAUACGUUUCCCAUUGUUGUGAAAGGGUUUGUGGUGAUUGGGUCAUUGACUGAAGGAGAGAAGGUUCAUGUUAGGGUGUUAAAACUUGGGUUAGAGUCGGAUUUAUUCGUGAGGAAUGCGUUAAUUCACAUGUAUUCGGUUUUUCAAAAAGCCAAGAGUGCGCGCUUGGUGUUUGAUGCAGGGACAAUGUUGGAUUUGGUUAGCUGGAAUUCCAUGAUUGAUGGUCAUGUGAAGAAUGGGGAAGUGGAUGUUGCUCGCAAACUUUUCAAUGAAAUGACUGAAAGGGACGUCUUCAGUUGGAACUCAAUGAUUGCGGGUUAUGUUGCACGAGGGGACAUGGGCGAGGCACGAUGGUUGUUUGAUAGAAUGCCGUUUAGGGACAUCGUGUCGUGGAAUUGUAUGAUUGAUGGGUGUGCAAGGAUUGGAAAUGUGUCAGAGGCUCGCACCUUUUUUGAUUCGAUGCCUUUCCGAAAUGUGGUUUCAUGGAAUACCUUGUUGGCUCUUUAUGUACGUGUUAAAGGUUAUACGGAGUGUUUGAGUUUGUUUGAUAGUAUGCUACAAGAGGAAGAGAUUAAACCCAAUAGGGCUACUCUUGUGAGUGUUUUAUCUGCUUGUGCCAAUACAGGGGACCUCAAUACAGGUCACUUAGUUUAUUCUUACAUGAAGGAUAACAACAUUGAAGCUGAUGUGCUGCUUUCGACUGCGCUAUUGACAAUGUAUGCAAAAUGUGGCACUAUGGAUUUAGCCAGGAAAGUGUUUGAUCGGAUGCGUGAUAGAAGUGUUGUCUCGUGGAAUGCCAUGAUCAUGGGGUAUGGAAUACAUGGGCAUGGCGAGAAAGCCCUGGAAAUGUUCUUGGAGAUGGAGAAGAGAGGUCCAAUGCCAAAUGAUGCUACCUUCGUCAACAUAUUAUCUGCAUGCACACAUUCCGGAAUGGUUGUGGAAGGUUGGUGGUGUUUCAACAUGAUGUCUCGGGUUUACAAUAUCCAACCUAAGGUGGAGCACUAUGGUUGCAUGGUCGAUUUGCUUGCUCGGGCUGGGCUGGUGAAGGAUUCAGGAGAGUUGAUUAAAGAAGUACCUACAGAGGCAGGAUCUUCACUAUGGGGUGCUCUACUUUCCGCUUGUAGGACCCAUUCUCACAUCAAACUAGGAGAGAUGGUGUCCAGACGUUUGAUCGAGUUGGAACCAACAGAUGUUGGGCCCUAUGUGCUAUUGUCAAACAUGUAUGCAGCCGAAGGUAAUUGGGAUGCUGUCGAGAAUGUCAGGUUGAUGAUGAAGGCAAAGGGUUUGCAAAAGGAAGUUGGGUCCAGCCUCAUUCAACUUGGAGGCGUCGAAUCUACAGAGUCCGCAAGAGAUGGCAUACCCCAUCAGAGAAGUAUGAUUUACUCAAUGUUGAGUGAGAUUCGUUCACAAAUAAGAGUGUCCUGCAGAGACUCCAGAGUAGUGGAGGAUCAAGAGUAGAGAGAGACUAAACCAUAUUGCUGGAUUUUGUCGAAGAU